GUGUGGCUGUGUCCGGGGGUGUGACUGUGUCGGGGGGGUGUCGGGCUGGAGGUGCAUUGGGCUGGGGGAACACUCUGAGGGCUGGGCCCCCCGCAUCUCAUGUGCCCCCGUCUUACAGCGGAGCUGGAGUUCGUGGAGAUCACCAUCAUCGUGGUGGUGGUGAUGGUGAUGGUGGUGGUGAUCACGUGCCUGCUGAGCCAUUACAAGCUGUCGGCGCGCUCCUUCAUGGGCCGGCACAGCCAGGGCAGGAGGAGAGCAGACGCCCUGUCCUCGGAAGGAUGCCUCUGGCCCUCGGAGAGCACAGUGUCAGGCAGCGGAAUCCCAGAGCCGCAGGUCUACGCUCCGCCUCGGCCCGCCGACCGCCUGGCUGUGCCCCCGUUUGCCCAGCGGGCGCGCUUCCACCGCUUCCAGCCCACGUACCCGUACCUGCAGCAUGAGAUCGACCUGCCGCCCACCAUCUCCCUGUCGGACGGGGAGGAGCCCCCGCCCUACCAGGGCCCCUGCACUCUCCAGCUGCGGGACGCCGAGCAGCAGCUGGAGCUGAACCGGGAGUCGGUGCGCGCGCCCCCCAACAGAACCAUCUUCGACAGCGACCUGAUGGACAGUGCCAUGUUGGGCGGCCCCUGCCCCCCCAGCAGUAACUCGGGCAUCAGCGCCACGUGCUAUGGGGGCGGCGGGCGCAUGGAGGGGCCCCCCCCCACCUACAGCGAGGUCAUCGGGCACUACCCCGGGUCCUCCUCCUUCCAGCACCAGCAGAGCAGUGGGCCGCACUCCUUGCUGGAGGGCACCCGGCUCCACCACGCACACAUCGCCCCCCUGGAGAGCACAGCCGCCUGGAGCAAAGAGAAGGAUAAGCAGAAAGGACACCCUCUCUAGGAAUCCCGGGCGGCCAGGGCCGGGGCAGCAGGAGGGAGGGGCGAGAGCCCGCACUUCUUAAAAAGACGAGAGGAGCCCGGGCGGGCGGUGGGAGGCCGUCCUCUCCCCACCUCUCUGUGUAUAAAUAUUUACAUGUUCUGUCUGGUCUGAAUGCACAAGCUAAGGAAGCUUGCAAAAAACCACGUUUCGUUGUUGAGCUGUGUCUUGAAGGCAAAAGAGAAAAAAAAAAUCCUACACUAGUCUUUUCUGUUUCUAGUUGAGCUGUGUGUGUGAAUGCUUAUUUUCUUUUGUUUGUUUAUGAUGAUUUCACUUAACUUUAAAGACAUAUUUGCACAAAACCUUUGUUUAAAGAUCUGCAAUAUUAUAUAUAUAAAUAUAUAUGAAAUAAGAGAAACUGUAUGUGUGAGGGCAGGAGUAUUUUUGUAUUAGAAGAGGCCUAUUAAAAAAAAAGUUGUUUUCUGAAGUAGAAGAGAAAAAAAAUGGCAAUUUUUGAGUGCCAACUCAGAAAGCGUGUAUUACCUUGUAAAGAAAAAAAAUUACGAAGCAGGGGUUUAGAGUUAUUUAUAUAAAUGUUGAGCUUUUGCACUAUUUUUUAAUAUAAAUAUGUCAGUGCUCGUUUGAUGGAAACGUCGUGUCUGUCGAGACUUUUAAGGGAGAAAUGUCGGAGUUUCACGGUCACGUCAGGCAGAGGCUGGGCUCCGCGUGGGGUUUGGAGAGAGGCCUCUGGACGGGGCGCUCCUCUGCGAAGUGGAGGCUUCUGUCGAGUGAUGGGUUAUUACCUCGCAUACAUUCCCCACCCCGAAGGAGACAUUUUUUCCCUCUGGGCCAGAAGAGCAUUUGGAUCGCAGACUAAAUAGGAAAGUUACUCAAGGCACCAAGUUCCAAGUGGUGGCUUUGCUUUUCCCGAAAUGAAAAUAAACCCUAACUGAAGGAAUCUUAGUUUUUCCUCCACUUUUUUUUUUAACCCUGAAAGGCCCCGUAGGAAGGGACUAAGGCCCCCCUCAAAGCUGCAGCCGCUCCCCGUGCGUGUUGCCAGGGGGACAUGUCGCUGGCUUGUGCCCACGAGAGCUCGGGCAGCGGUGCGGGUGGCUCCUGAAUUUGUCGGCUGAGGUUGGUGCGGUCCACUGGCGUAGAGGAAAGGCCCAAGUUUUAGGAAUUUGACCUCAUGCCUGUCUUUCUCUUUCCAUGUCGAUUCUCAGUUAACAGGCCCAUACACGGAAGACCAGAGAUGAGAAGCGGACACGCCCAGGUUCCUCCCAGGACACGUGCAGGGGUUAGAAUGAGAAACAGCCAAACCGACGCAGACUCUGGCUUUAUGCUUUAGAAGCAGAAUUCUUUACCUCCGUUCCCACACUUUCGGCUCCUUCCCAUGGAAACAGUCAUGUCUGAUGUGUUUAUCUGUGUUUUCAUAGGCCUCUUGAUCAGACACAACUCUCGUUCACCAGGAUUUUACUGAGCAGGUUUGGGUUGGUCGGGACCCCUUGGUGGGGUGCAGGGGGAGGAGAGAGGAGUGGGGGCCCUUUGGGAUCUACCGGAGACAGGGGCUGGAGCCGGAGGUCUUUCCUCCCACUGAGGACUUGCCCAUACUCUACUGGGUGACCCCCCCAGCCAGAAGAGCAAGCCCCCCAUCCCAUCCCACGGAGGUGUUUCAUUUUCAGGAGAAUGCCAGCUAGCAGACGAACGGGCGAGAAAGGUGUGAGAGGCAAUAAUUAGUGUUUUUAAGCAACUUUUUUAUUACUUGAAAAACAAAGACCUUGAGAACAGUUUUGAAGUUCUGACCAUUUGAACUCUAUUUAUAUACGUGAGAAGAACACAGUGACCGACCUGUGAGCACGGUGUCUGUGCUGGCUGACCAGCCUGGUGGGAAGGGCUUGCACCUUGGCGAUGAAAGCUGCCUGUCCGAGGGGUCUUUAGCCGGAACUUGCUUCUCUCUCUCAAGGAGGAGGAGGAUUCUCUUAAAAGGUCAUGCAGAGAAAUCAAUAUAGCUUGUCCAGAAGGGUACGGGGACACAUUUAUAGAUAAAAAUUUUUAAAAAACGUAUCUUUCCUUUGUGUGAAGCGUUCCUAGUGCCUUACCGAGGAAGCGGUUGGCUCUCCUGUCGCUGGGCGGGGGCACUGGGUGGGCUUGUCACUGGGCAGGGGUGCCUGGACAGUGCCCCGCUCACUGGGACUGGCCUUCCCGCCCAUCCCAAAGGGCUGCUCCUUCCAACACCCCAGGGCGCCGGGUCUGUCCCGCCUGCUCUCCCUCCCCCUUGGAUGUGCCUCCAUCUCGCUUGGUCAGGUGCCCCUCCUGCCCCUCCAGCCUCUUACGUCAAGUCCUGCGUUUAACUCCCAUCUGGGUCAAAAACCUGGAAGUGGACCUCAUUGGUGUGAGCGGGGUCUGCGGACAGCCAAGCCGAGCCUUCCUUCCCGGGUCCCCUUGAGCCAACUGCUUGGAUCUGUUGCUUGGUGGCGGGGCCUGGAUUGGCCGUGUUUGAGGGAGCAAGGAGGAGAAUGUGGGGGCAUGGGUUACUGACCUCAGCCAGUUCGGGGCACAGCACGCCCCUCCAGUUAUGGCUCCGUGUUGCCGUCCGGGUCUGAAUGCUGCGACAUCCCUGGGCCUCGUGCCCAGAGGGUGACAGGUGGAGAAGUUCAUGGUGGGGUGGCCUGUCAAAGUCGGGGCACGUCCCUGGAAAACCAGUGGGUGUGUUUCUGGAAACUGCUGCCGGAGUAGUAAGCUCUUGGUUUCUCUGCUGGACCCCAGAACUCUGGGAGUGCAGGCUGUUCUUUAGAUAGUGGCUGCCGUGCCAGUAUCUUUGAGAAGCACCCCUCAGGGGGCCCCCUUUUUCCAGCAGAAAGUUAGGGAGCCCUUGGCGGUGGCUAGGUGGAGGGGGACCAGGGUGGGCUUGGCUCUCACCUCCCGCUGUCUCCCUGUUUGUCCACCACUGCGUCUCCUCCCCAAAGAAGGUCAUUUCCCCCGCAGCCCGGGUCUACGCAGAUGGACUUAGCAGUGUGCAGUAAGAGCUGUCCGUGUUUCCCUAAAGCCCAGGGUUUCUGCCAAGAGCUGAAAGUGACUCCUCUCCCACGUCCCCAGGGCAGGGAGAGAACCGAAUCCGUUCCCUGUCCUCGUCUGUCUUCCCUGUGAAUUGUACUUUUCAGAGAUUUUUUUUUUCCCUACGUGUGACAACACAAAGCUUGCAGAUCCAUAAAAUAUCCUGAUGAUUAGGAAAGAAAGUGUUUUGUUUUUCCGGAAACCACGCUUCCACUUGUGCCGUGCCAUAGAGCUCUGAAGGACACGCCCCGCUCCCCCGUGCCUGCUGGUUCCACGGGGUCGCGCUCACGGCAACGCUGGUCCGUCGCGUUGCUGGCGUUGGAUCCGCUCUCUUUCGCAGCCCUGUCUCCUGAGUUCUGUUCAAGUUAAAUGUAUGUAAACUGCGUGGCACGCGGGUGCAGCGCCCCUGUUGCUGCUGUGUAAGACUCUGUAUCUGGAUGCCAAUCCCCAGGCCUGAUGAAAUCGCUUGUUGUGUAUCAAUAAUCAUUAGUGGCAAUGACGACCUUCUGAAAAGCUGCAAUACUUAUACAAUAAAUUUUACAAUUCUUUG